UCCAACGAAUGCACCGCACUCUUCGGUUUCUAAAAUCCACAUCCGUUACUUCAGUUUCUAAGUUUCAAAUGCACACUUCACUUUACUGUCCUUCCCUUUUCUCUCGCCCACAGUUCACUCCACCAUUGACUCGCUCCUCCCAUCAAAGUGUCAAGCUCAAUUUCCAUGAACUUUAGUGACAAGACAGUUAAAGAUAAAAUCUUGUAGCAGUAACCGGUCAUGGACAAAUCAGAUCAGACUCAAGAGCAGCAACAGUGGCAACAAAAUGUGAUGGACUUUGCACCAGGUGCUAGCAAAAUGGCGUAUUCUUCUCACUAUCCGACUCAAGGGCAGCAACAAAAUGUGAUGGAACUUGCACCAGGUGCUAGCCAAAUGGUGCAUUCUUCUCACUACCAAACUCAAGAGCAGCAACAAAAUGGGAUGGAAUUUACACCGGGUGCUAGCCAAAUGGCGUAUUCUUCUUACUACCUGACUCAAGAGCUGCAACAAAAUGUGAUGGAAUUUGCACUAGGUGCUAGCCAAAUGGCGUAUCACUACCCGGCUCAAGAGCAGCAACGCCAACAACAAAAUGGGAUGGAAUUUGCACUGGGUGCUAGCCAAAUGGCGUAUUCUUCUCACUCCCCGACUCAAGAGCAGCAACAGCAACUACAAAAUGUGAUGGAGUUUGCACCAGGUGCUAGCCAUAUGGCGUAUUCUUCUCACUUCCCGACUCAAGAGCAGCAACAACAAAAUGUGAUGGAAUUUGCACCAGAUGCUAGCCAAAUGGUGCAUUCUUCUCACUACCAGACUCAAGAGCAGCUACAAAAUGUGAUGGAAUUUGCAUCAGGUGCUAGCCAAAUGGCGUAUUCUUCUCACUACCCGACUCAAGAGAAGCAACAAAAUGUGAUCGAAUUUGCACCAGGUCCUAGCCAAAUGGCGUAUUCUGACCACUAUCCAACUCAAGAACAGCAACAAAAUGUGACGGAAUCUGUACCCAGUGCUAGCCAAAUGGUGAAUUCUUCUCACUACCAUACUCAAGAGAAGCAUGUGAUGGAAUCUGUACCAGGUGCUAGCCAAAUGGUAAAUUCUUCUCACUACCAGACUCAAGAGAUGCAACUGCAGCAACAAAAUGUGAUGAAAUUUGCAGCAGGUGUUGGCAAAACGGCGUAUUCUUCUCACCACCCAACUCAAGAGCAGCAACAUGUGAUGGAAUCUGUACCAGGUGCUAGCCAAAUGUCAAAUUCUUCUCACUACCAGACUCAAGAGCAGCAACUGCAGCAACAUAAUGUGAUGAAAUUUGCACCAGGUGUUAGCCAAAUGGCGUAUUCUUCUCACCACCCAACUCAAGAGCAGCAACAUGUGAUGGAAUCUGUACCAAGUGCUAGCCAAAUGGUGAAUUCUUCUCACUACCAGACUCAAGAGCAGCCACUGCAGCAACAAAAUGGGAUGAAAUUUGCACCAGGUGUUAGCCAAAUGGUGUAUUCUUCUCAAAACCCAACUCAAGAGCCUCAACAGCAGCAACAACAUGUGAUGGAAUCUCUACCAGGUGCUAGCGAAAUGGCGAAUUCUUCUCACUACCACACUCAAGAGCAGCAACAAAAUGGGAUGAAGUCUGCACCAGUGGCUAGCCAAAUGGUGUAUUCUUCUCAAAACCAGACUCCAGAGCAGCUACAGGAGCGACAACAUUUGAUGGAAUCUGUACCAAGUGCUAGCCAAAUGGCAAAUUCUUCUCACUACCAGACUCAAGAGCAGCCACUGCAGCAACAAAAUGGGAUGCAAUUUGCACCAGGUGUUAGCCAAAUGGCGUAUUCUUCUCACAACCCAACUCAAGAGCCGCAACAGCAGCAACAACAUGUGAUGGAAUCUUUACCAGGUGCUAGCCAAAUGGCGAAUUCUUCUCACUACCAGAUUCAAGAGCAGCAACAAAAUGGGAUAAAAUUUGCACCAGUUUCUAGCCAAACGGGGUAUUCUUCUCCAAACCAGACUCUAGAGCUGCAACAGCAGCGACAAAUGGAAUCUGUACCAAGUGCUAGCCAAAUGGCGAAUUCUUCUCACUACCAGACUCAAGAGCAGCCACUGCAGCAACAAAAUGGGAUGAAAUUUGCACCAGGUGUUAGCCAAAUGGCAUAUUCUUCUCACCACCGCACUCAAGAGCAGCAACAGCAACAUGUGAUGAAAUCUGUACCAGGUACUAGGCAAAUGGCGAAUUCUUCUCACUACCAGACUCAAGAGCAGCCACUGCAGCAACAAAAUGGGAUGAAAUUUGCACCAGGUGUUAGCCAAAUGGCAUAUUCUUCUCACCACCGCACUCAAGAGCAGCAACAGCAACAUGUGAUGAAAUCUGUACCAGGUACUAGCCAAAUGGCGAAUUCUUCUCACCACCAGACUCAAGAGCAGCAACAGCAACAUGUGAUGAAAUCUGUACCAGGUACUAGCCAAAUUGCGAAUUCUUCUCACCACCAGACUCAAGAGCAGCAACUGCAGAAACAAAAUGGGAUGAAAUUUACACCAGUUGCUAGCCAAACACCGUAUUCUUCUCAAAACCAGACUCCAGAGCAGCAACAUGUUAUGGAAGUUGCACCAGGUGCUAGCCAAAUGGUGUAUUCAUCUAAUUACCCGACUGUUCCCAUGGUGGCUUCUGGAACACCUUCAAUACCUGAUUCCGUACUCCAACUUGCAAAGCAGCCAGAAAAACAUUUCCACCAUCAACAGAAGCAACAGAAUCCACAGCAGCUUCAAAUGAUGUGGGAAAAUCAAAUGCAAGAAAUUCAGCAAAUUGUUGACUUUAAAAGCUUCACUAUCCCGAUUGGUCGUAUAAAAAGGAUAAUGAAAGCUGAUGAAGAUGUCCGGAUGAUUGCACAAGAAGCUCUAGUUGUAUUUGUAAAAGCAUGUGAAAUGGUCACAUUAGAGCUGACUUUGCGAUCUUGGAUCCAUGCACAAGAGAAGAAGAGGAAUACACUACAAAAGAAUGAUAUAGCAGCUGCUAUUAAAAGCAAUUAUGCUUUUGAUUUCUUGGAAUAUAGCAUUCCAUUUCCAAGUGGUAAGUUGAAAGAAAAAGCGGUUGUAAUCGCAAAUGAUACUAUUCCAAUAAUGGAUCCUCCAUCCGAUCUGCCAUAUUAUCAUGGUCCACCACAGUACCCUGUAGGUCCUACAGGGAUGAUCAUGGGAAACCCAGUUUCUCAAGCAGCACUAAAUGCUACCCAGCAGCCUCAACUUCCUGUGCCUUUCAUGCCAUGGCUACAUGCAUACCCCCAGCAGCCUCAACCUCCUUUGCCUUUCAUGCCAUGGCCAUAUGAACAUCCCCAGCAGCAGCAGCAACAACCGCAAUAGCAACAAUCAGACUCUUAAUGAAUAGGAAGUUAUAUUAGUUUGCAGUUGACCAUAACUAGUGAGAAUAGAUGAUUAGGAAGUUUGAAAUGAUGAAAAUGUUUGUACAGC